UCGUAAAUCCUUGGUCCAAAGCUUCUGCGAGAAAUUUCCGUCGAUCUUCCCGGGCAAGGUCCAAUCUGUUUGCAAGGUCCCUUCAUUCCUUUUCUUAUUGAUUCCUCUCUUUCAGUCUCGUGAAAACCCUACGUCACGAUUUUCUGGUGUGUCCAGUUCCCGAAUUCCGUUUCUGAUCAAAUAUCUUUGAUCCGUUGCUUCUCAAAACCCUAACUCGUCUGCCUUUCAUUCUUCAAUUUUUCGAUUGUGCCCGUAAUGGCUGCAAGGCUGACGCCGAACGGCAUCGCCGCCAUCAACGCCGGCGAUCUGGAUCUUAAACCAGUGUUUCAGGUGAUGGAGGUCACGAAGAUAACAGGAUCGCAGGAGAGGUUUCGGAUUAUGGUGUCCGAUGGCACCACGACUCAGCACGCGUUGCUUGCUACGCAGCUCAACGAGGUAGCGAGGGCUGGAAAAGUACGUCGGGGAUCAGUUGUUCAGCUGCUGGAAUACAUAUGUAGCACUGUUCAAAGUCGGAGGAUGAUUGUCAUACUGAACAUGGAAGUUUUGAUCAUGGAAUCUGAGGUAUUUGAAAAAUUGGAAAGCCAUCCUGAAGCAGAAUCUGCUAACCAGAAGGCAUCCUUAUUAAACAACUCAGGCUUCCAAGGUGAUCAACUGCCUAAUGGUACAUCUGUAAGUUCGAGCAAUAAGGGCCAAAGUUAUCAACCAAUUGUACAACCUUCUUAUAAGCCACCUCCAAAUUACAAAGGCCAUGGGGCAAUUAUGAAGAAUGAGGCUCCCGCACGGAUUAUCCCAAUUGCAGCUCUGAACCCGUAUCAAGGGAGAUGGGCUAUCAAGGCAAGAGUGACAGCGAAAGGAGAACUUAGGAGGUAUAAUAAUGCCCGCGGAGAUGGUAAAGUGUUUUCCUUUGAUCUUCUAGACUCCGAUGGAGGAGAGAUUCGAGUCACUUGCUUCAAUGCUAUUGUUGAUCGCUUUUAUGGAGUUAUUGAGGUAGGAAAGGUGUACGUGAUAUGCAAGGGAAGCCUAAAACCUGCUCAAAAGAACUUUAACCAUCUUUGCAAUGACUGGGAAAUAUUUCUAGAGACAUCCUCAGUUGUUGAGCUUUGUCCAGAAGAAGAUGGCUCAAUACCUGCACAACAGUUCAAUUUCAAAGCAAUAAGUGAUAUCGUGAAUGCAGAGAACAAUUCAAUUGUGGAUAUUAUCGGAAUAGUCAUGUCAAUCAAUCCUUCAGUAACUAUAUUGAGGAAGAAUGGUAUGGAAACGCAGAGGAGAGUUGCUAAUUUGAAGGACAAGUCAGGUAUGAGUGUUGAGCUUACUCUUUGGGGGGAUUUCUGCAACAGAGAAGGCAGACAACUACAGGAGUUGCUUGAUUCUGGGGCUUUUCCAUCUUUAGCUGUGAAGGCAGGAAAGGUAAGCGACUUCAGUGGAAAGUCAGUUGGUACCAUCUCUGCAUCCCAGCUCUUUAUAAGCCCUGAAAUUCCUGAAGCUCUUAGCUUGAUAGAGUGGUUUGAUAAGGGAGGUAAAAAUAUUUCCUCCAAUUCCAUCUCUAGAGAAACUAUGGCCGGACUUCCUUUGAAUGAAAUUCGUAAAAAUGUUUCUCAGAUCAAAGAUGAGGGUUUGGGAAGAGGUGUCAAGCCUGAUUGGGUCACAUUAAAAGCAACUGUCUCAUUUGUAAAGACAGAAAAUUUCUGCUACACUGCGUGCCCCUUAGUAAUUGGUGAUAGGCAAUGCAAUAAGAAAGUUACAAAACUGAAUAAUGGAAACUGGUGCUGUGAACGCUGUGAUAGGGAGUUUGAAGAAUGCGAAUAUCGGUAUCUCCUUCAAGCUCAGGUACAGGACCAUACUGGAGUAACUUGGGUCACUGCCUUUCAAGACUCAGGAGAGGACAUGCUUCACUGCUCAGCCAAGGAAUUAUUCAUGUUUAAACAGCACGAUGAUGCAAAAUUUGCAGAGAUUAUUCGGUCUUUUCUCUUUGUGCAGUUCCUUUUCCGAAUCAAGAUCAAAGAAGAGCAUUAUGGAGAUGAACAGCGGCUGAAGAUUACAAUCGUCAAUGCAGAAAAAGUGGACCCUUCAACUGAAAGCAAAUACCUACUAGACGAAAUCUCAAAGUUCAAUCAUAGAACAUUCUAAGGCCAUUGCGUCAGGACUGUACUGUAACUUGAGAAGAUCAUAAAACUGGAUUUGCAGCAUUUUGAUUCGUUCUAUUCAUCAUUGAGUUUGUUGUAUUAGACUGAGCAUUAAUGAUUAGGAUUCUUUGAAUUGAUUGAUAGAUCUUCUUAAUCUGAGCACCAGCGCCAUUUGAGUGUGUAGGGUGCUUUUCUGGAGACUACGACAGAUCUCCACAAACUCUGAUGUUAUUCUUAUGAAAGAUGGAAUUAAAGCAAUAACAAAUUACUUUUUUAUGGGCAAUUAUAUGGCUUAAGUUCUCUGGACACUUUACUGGAAAUGAAAUGCGAAGCAAGAAAAGGGUGCUUCGAAUCUAACCGACUUGGAAUCAUGCAUGUAAAUGCACUUUCUAGCUGGCUCAAAUGAUUUCAAGAAGUCUAAUUUGAAAGUCAAAAGAGCAAUCUCAUGGAUGUGCUGGUGUAGAGAGUGCAUGACUUGUGGCCUCAAAUAAUCAACAAGGCACAUUUAGUUAAUUUUCAACUAUUACAUCCUUCUACAACUAAUCAUGAAGUGAAGAUAAGGUUUCUCUCUUUAACUCAAGGAUGUGCUUGAUUUUAUUUAGCUUCGAUUGGUAUUUAUUAUUUUGAUUGUCAAAUCUUCCAUUCUAUGAUAUUUAAGGGCUUGCCUUCAGCAAAAAACAUUUUUUAUGAUUAUAGGUGCAAUAAUUUGUCAUAAAACUUUAUCUGAAAAUAGAAUAAAAGACAUGUCUAGAUCAAUA